GAGAACAUUCGCUGCCAUUGGUUUAGUAUUGUAACGAGCGGCCGCCGGUCUCUUGGGUAACAGGGGCGAGAGACAAUCUGCGGGUGAAUUCAAUAACCUGCUAUUCCUAUAAGUCAACUUGAAAAUGACUACUGCUGCCCGACCGACGUUUGAACCAGCUAGAGGAGGAAAGGGAAAAGGUGAAGGAGAUCUCAGUCAACUUUCAAAACAGUAUUCAAGUCGGGACCUUCCUUCACAUACUAAAAUCAAAUACAGGCAACCAACCCAGGAUGUCCCUGAAGAGCUGCGCAGUCGUGACUUCCGCAGGGAACUGGAGGAGAGAGAACGAGUGGCAAUACGUGAGAAGAAUAGGGACCGGCCACCAAGAGAACACACAACAUCAUCUUCAAAGAGACCGCGUCUGGAUCAGAUACCUGCAGCAAACCUUGAUGCCGAUGAUCCAUUGACAGAUGAAGAAGAGGAAGAAGAUUCUGAUAGAGACAGUAGUAGUGAAGAUGAUGAUGAUGAUGACACUGCUGCCCUUUUGGCUGAGCUAGAGAAAAUUAAAAAAGAACGUGCUGAAGAGCAAGCACGAAAGGAGCGUGAACAAAAAGCUGAGGAGGAACGAAUUAGAAUGGAAAAUAUACUUAGUGGAAACCCUCUACUGAAUCUCAUUGGACAGUCAAACUUCAAAGUGAAGCGGAGGUGGGAUGACGAUGUAGUGUUCAAGAACUGUGCGAAAGGAUUAGAUGAGUCAAAGAGGGAUAAAAGAUUUGUGAAUGAUACACUUCGUUCAGAAUUCCACAAGAAAUUCAUGGAAAAGUACAUCAAAUAAUUAACGUUAAUAGUCUCAGAAAUAAUUUUCUCUUCCUUCCGAGGACUAUAAACUCUAUUUUAUUCUCUAUUUGUUUCCAUGGAUUUCAUAUCAGCUAAACCUAAGACAAUUAACAUCAGCUUCGAAGUUUCUUUCAGUCCUGCUCUUAGGUAUCAAGAUAUUAAGAAACGAUGCACUUCAUGAAGCACCUGAUUUCUAUUUUGUUGCAUCCUGCUGCUGUACAGAUGAAAUCAAGAACUUUGUGGUUUAAGAGGAAGGAAACUCAGUUGAAUUUGCAUUCUAUUUUUCAUGCCAUGUAUUGCAUCAGUAUGAGAUGUCAACUGAGUGUAUUUCUGACAACUAAAAUUCAAUUGAUUUUUAAUUGAUGUAGUUAGAAUAUGAUUUGCAUAUGCUGUUUUUUUUCUGAGUAGGUCCAAAGAUCUAUGUGUGUCUUGAAACAUCUGGUGAAUAUCUGAUUGUAGCUUAUGAGCAAUACCAUUGUGUGUUAAAAAAUAGAUUGCAGUUCUGUUGGUGUAGUGCAGGCUUUAAGGAUGUAAUUUCCAUCUUGCAACCUACUAAGUAAGGAAUAAAACAUUUUGUUACUUGACUUUA